AUGAUCAACCACAAAGGACUAGUCACUCAAGAAUUCUCCAACACCACCUCUCCUACAGCUCCUUCCGAAGAGGAGACAGCACUCCCUCCCAAUAACCAAUCAUCAUCAUCAUUACCAUCAUCAUCAUUAAACACCAAAUCAUUUACUCCAUCGAGUAUUCAGGUCUUGAAUCACACCAAACGCAUCAUGAUUCAAGAACUUAUUUCCAUUUAUGAAUUCAAUGAACAAGUACUUUUAGAAAUGAUGAAAGCAAUCAUGAGAGAGAAUGAUGAUGAUGAGAAGGAGAUAUCUUUUGAACUCUCAAAUCGAUUAUUAUUGAUGAAUGAUGUUUCAUUGAAUACUUUAAAUGGUGCGACCGACAAUAAUACCAUCACUGAAACCACUGCUACUACUACCACUACUACUACCACUACAACUCACACAACACAUCAACGUGACACUCCUUCUCUCAUUCAUCAAUUAGAGGAUUAUUUAAUCGAAUAUGCUCCACUCCGACUGAUUUAUUGCCUCUAUCAAUUUCUAAUCAAAGGAAAUCGUUUACAUCAACCCUUGAGAUAUCCAAAUUUAUUUGUUUAUCCUCAAAUUGGAAGUGAUGAGCCUUAUUAUGAUCCACAUUACAUUUAUGAUUUUAUUCAUCAAGAUGAACAUGAUGAUCAUACCAUGAAUCAUACAUCCUUAGAGACGUACAAUUAUUCCAUUUUUAGAAAUAUCUCAUUGGAUUUGGAAUCCAAUUUUGAAAUGAUUAGAAAUGAAUUUAUUCAAGUUUAUACUCACCAUUUCAAUGAUAAUAUUAUUAUGGAUAGAAUUCAAAGUAGUGUUGAUGGACAAUGGAAUGCUAUUUAUCUGGUGAAUCAAGGAAAAUUAGAUGUUGAAUCUAUUGUUAAAUUUCCAAAAACAUUUAACUUGUUAGAUUCCAUAUUAGGAUUUGAAGAGGGUAGAAUUUGUCGAUUGAAUAUUGGAUAUGUUUAUUUUAGUAUUAUUCAUGAAGGUACUCAUAUAUUACCACAUUGUGGUGUGAGUAAUAUCAAAUUGAGAAUUCAAUUACCAUUAAUUGUUCCAAAUCAAACAAGAGUUACCAUGAAAGUUAAAAAUAUUGAAAGACAAUACAAAGAAGGUCAAACCAUGAUAUUAGAUGAUAGUUUUGUACAUGAAGUGAAGUAUGAAUCAUCAUCACCAACAUCAUCAUCCCAAGAUGCAAAGAGUUUGCAGACAGAAACAAUUCAUCACAAAGUUACUGCAUCAUCUCCAAUCCAUACUAGUCCGACUGAAACCCCUACGACGACGACUACUACUAACCAUACCAACCAUACUACUACUACUACUACUAAUAACCAUACAACUCAUACAACUCAUACUACUACUAAUAACCAUACUACUACUACUACUACACCAUCUCUAGAUUCUAUUCGAGUUGUAUUAUUGAUCGAUAUUUAUCAUUCAGAUCUAACACGAGAUGAGAUUCAAUUGUUGCAUUUAUUCUUUGAUCAUCUUUGA